AUGGAAAAGGCGAGGACGAAGACUUACCAGACCUUCACAAAUGAAAAAAAGAUAGAAAUUUGUGAAUUCUACCUUAAGCACAAGGCAGAAGGGAUCCCUAUGAGAGCGGUGGGAGAGAAGUUUAGCAUGGAUCACUUCUGCCACAUCUCCACCUGGCUUCGUCAACUUGGCUACAUACGGAAUGGAUCUCCCGAAGGAAAGAGAGUAAAAACGCAGCCUUUUACGAAAUUCCCAAUGCUUGAAAAGGAAUUGAUGCAAUGGCUAAUUUCAAUGAGGCAGCAUGGGCAAGUGGUGCUGAGAGCGACCAUAGAAAAGCGUGCUCGUGAGUUGGCGGUAGAAAUGGGAUUGGCGCAAUUCAAAUGCGGGCAAGGAUGAUGGGAUGGAUUCAGGCAAAGAAAUGGGCUGGCAUAUCGCAAAAUCAAUGCGUCAAGCAUAAAGCCCCUGGAGAAAGAAGCAGAGCUUGUAGGCCAGUACCUUGAUGACUUGGAGCCAUUGCUGCGUCGGUACAAUCCAGAUAGCAUCUUCAACUUUGAUGAUACUAGAUUUGAAUGGGACAUGAGCAGCAAGCACACUUACGACUUCAAGGGAGCCAAGAGAGUUGUAGGCGUGCACUCUGCCAAAGUUGGCCAUGCCAUCACUGUGCUUCUCAUGAUUAGGGCAGAUGGACUCAGAUUGCUGCUUUGCUUGUCUUCAAAGAGCGAAAUGGCCAAAUCCCUUACAAUGUGAGGGAGCAUCUGAUUAUCCCCGACAACGCCAUCGUCAAAGCAAACUCGUCAGGCUAUUUAA